GAUGGCAGUUGAAACGACCGAUUCGUACCCUCGAGAAGGCUCGUGGAUCUCGCGGUUGCCCAACGAGCUACUCGAAAAGAUUUUCAUGCAUCUCCGGGACGCAACAAUAAUAAAUCAAUCGACACACGCUCGCGACGCUCAUUCGUGGGUACGCGUAUGUGGCGUAUGCAGACUGUGGUGCGAGGUUGCACUUCAGUGCUCUGCAUUGUGGAGUUACAUUUCUGGGUACACCAAAACAGCCGACCAAAUCGAGAUGAUGUUAAAGCGAAGCAAGCAAAGCCCUUUGACCGUCCACCUCAACUCACAGUCACUGGCAAUAGGCGUAGAGCUGUUGGACAAACAUGAUGCUUUCCAGCGGCUUGCCGUUGCAGUACUCCGGCUCGACCACGAAUCUGCAGGUGUCGAGGACGUCGAGAUGGACAGAAGGCGUGCCGAGUUUGACGCAACCGCUUUACGUGACCUUACGCUGAAUUAUGACUGGCCUUCCGGAGACUGGUUGAGGCACCCUGCUAGGAUGGCACCCUUUUCCUCCGGAAACCUCCCAAAGCUUUCUAGGCUUCAAGCCAAAGCAGCUCGUUUCCUCCACGUGCUGCCCUUUCUGCGUUCGACUGUAACGAAUCUCAGCCUUUGUCUCAUCGACCGCCCUUGUAUGGCUCAAUUUGUUGGGGCAUUAAAAGCGAUGCCCCUGUUGCAGGCCUUGUCUUUGAGCUUCGCCCUGCCGCUCCUCGAUUCUGGGUAUAUUCUACCUCCAUAUCAUUUCGAAUAUGUCCAGCAUCUUACCUUAAUCGAUCUGACUGCCACUUGCGCACAACACCUUGCCAGCUUUUCCUUCCCGUCAAAUUUGCUGCGAACUUUCCAUGUCAUUUGUAGACCAUUCGACUGUUCGCGGAGGCAGGAGAAAGAACAACUGGAAUACCUCCCUGAAGUUGCCUCCACAAUGCGCAAGUAUUUGGUGGAACCUCUACGCACGCUCUCCAUUCGACGAGUUGCUUCCACAAUGAUCGAGCUCUGUGGAUGGUCAAGCCCUCACCUUCCUACUUUGACAUCGGAGACACCUCCCGUUCUCAGUCUGACAUUCACUGGGUGUCAAGAAGUGGACGAUGUACACCUGAUCAAAAUGCUGCUCGAUCAGUUCUCCGUCGUGAACGUGAAAUCCCUUCACGUGGGCAACUUGGACCUUCCUCAUAGUCCCAGAGAACAUUUCCACGUUCACAAAUUACCGGGAUUCACGCUCAGGGAUUACGACGUCGUGUCUUCCAGAUUCUCCAGGUUGGAGUACCUGGAGGUUGACCCAACCGUCGCGCUCGGCCUGUUGGAUGCAUUGAUGUUGACGUACCCGCUGGACCAGAAAGAGGUUAUGCUCAGAGUUCCGCACAGAUACGAAGAAUUUUGGGAGCACCAGCUCCGAGGCGUGCCAGAUGAAGAACAUCAAAUUGUCGAGUCGAGGAAGCCUCAGCUGUUAUUCCCUAAUCUCAAGGCUCUCGCCAUUGUUUGGGUCGAAAGCGAUCCACUAUUUCGUAAUGAAGGCAGGGAAGAGUUUCACAAAGAAUUCAUGAAAUGCGGCGCUGCACGAGAAAUUCCGUUCGACGUUUACCUCAAAAUCCUACCGGGGUGAGUUUCAGUGCGAGAUGCUCAGUUGUACGAAUAGAGGGACGUCUAGUGAUAUCAAGGAGAACUCUGUAUACCCGCUCUUCUGCCACAAGUACUAUAGUUACUUCGGCGGACUUGAAGACUUUUCAAUAUUAAUGUGUAGAAUGCACAAAUCCACAUCUUUCG